AUGAGGACCCCACUGCACUAUGCAGCCGAUGGUAGUUACCAGUGUGCAGUAACACUGGUGACUGCUGGGGCAGGCGUUAACGAGGCUGACUGCAAAGGCUGCUCUCCCCUUCACUAUGCUGGCUCUGACACUUACCGAAGAGCGGAACCCCACACUGCUUCCAGCCAUGAUGCUGAAGAGGACGAGCCACUGAAGGAGUCCCGCAGGAAGGAGGCCUUCUUCUGUCUGGAGUUCUUACUGGAUAAUGGUGCAGAUCCCUCCCUGCGGGACAGGCAGGGCUACACAGCUGUGCACUAUGCAGCCGCCUAUGGCAACAGACAGAACCUCGAACUGCUCUUAGAAAUGUCCUUUAACUGCCUGGAGGAUGUGGAGAGCACCAUUCCAGUCAGCCCUUUGCACUUAGCUGCCUACAACGGUCACUGUGAAGCCCUGAAGACACUGGCUGAGACGCUGGUGAAUCUGGAUGUAAGGGACCACAAGGGCCGGACCGCGCUCUUCCUGGCCACUGAGCGAGGCUCUACUGAGUGUGUGGAGGUACUUACGGCCCAUGGCGCCUCUGCCCUCAUCAAGGAGCGCAAGCGCAAGUGGACACCCCUACAUGCUGCUGCUGCCUCUGGCCACACUGAUUCCCUGCACUUGCUGAUCGACAGUGGGGAACGAGCUGACAUCACAGAUGUCAUGGAUGCCUAUGGACAAACCCCACUGAUGCUGGCCAUCAUGAAUGGCCACGUGGACUGUGUACAUCUGCUGCUAGAGAAAGGAUCCACAGCUGAUGCUGCUGACCUCCGGGGCCGUACAGCUCUCCACCGUGGGGCAGUUACUGGCUGUGAAGACUGCCUGGCUGCCCUGCUGGAUCAUGAUGCAUUUGUGCUGUGCCGAGACUUUAAGGGCCGCACACCCAUUCACCUGGCUUCAGCCUGUGGCCACACUGCAGUUCUGCGGACCCUGCUGCAGGCUGCCCUUUCUACAGACCCCCUGGAUGCUGGGGUGGAUUACAGCGGAUACUCGCCCAUGCACUGGGCCUCCUACACUGGACAUGAAGAUUGUCUGGAGUUGUUACUUGAACACAGCCCAUUCUCAUAUCUGGAGGGAAACCCCUUCACUCCUUUGCACUGUGCAGUAAUUAAUAACCAGGACAGUACCACAGAGAUGCUGCUGGGAGCUCUGGGUGCCAAGAUUGUGAACAGCCGAGAUGCCAAAGGACGGACCCCCCUUCACGCCGCUGCCUUUGCGGACAAUGUAUCUGGGCUCCGAAUGCUGCUGCAGCAUCAAGCCGAAGUGAAUGCCGCGGACCACACUGGCCACACUGCGCUCAUGACGGCGGCUGAGAAUGGGCAGACUGCUGCUGUGGAAUUUCUGCUGUAUCGAGGGAAGGCAGACCUGACUGUGCUGGAUGAGAACAAGAACACUGCCCUCCACCUGGCUUGUAGCAAGGGCCAUGAGAAAUGUGCCCUCAUGAUCCUGGCAGAAACCCAAGACCUUGGCCUUAUCAAUGCUACCAACAGUGCGCUGCAGAUGCCACUCCACAUUGCUGCCCGGAAUGGUCUAGCUUCUGUGGUGCAGGCCCUGCUGAGUCGUGGGGCCACAGUGUUGGCUGUGGAUGAAGAAGGUCACACUCCAGCACUGGCCUGUGCUCCCAACAAAGAUGUGGCAGACUGUCUGGCCUUGAUCCUUUCCACCAUGAAGCCUUUCCCACCCAAGGACGCCGUCAGUCCUUUCAGCUUCAGCCUGCUCAAGAACUGUGGCAUCGCAGCUGCCAAGACGGUGGGUGGCUGUGGCGCCCUGCCCCACGGGGCUUCCUGCCCCUACAGCCAAGAGCGGCACGGCGCCAUUGGGUUAGAUGGCUGCUACUCUGAGUAGCCCCCUCCAGUGUUCCUCCCCCUGCCGGUGGCUUGAUAUCUUAUUCUAUUUAUUUAGAAAAUGUCUAAACAUUUAGGGCACUUUAAAGGAGAACACGACUGGGUGGCAGGGCAGAGAGGGGAAAGGAAGCACUGGGGAGCAGCUGCUCACCCCUUUGCCACACCAUCCUUGCCUGGCAGAGGUCUGGGACCGACAGGGAGCACCCCAGGCCCUUGGUACUCCCAGGAUAAAACCCUUCUGCCAAGUGUCCCAAAAUGAUUGCUAAAUGCCUGGCUCCCCCUCUAUUUGACUCCAUCUCUCAGUUCCCCUUUCUGCUGCCAGCUCCCCCCACUCUUCUCUCUAACUCUCUUCUCUUGUGUCCCCCUUCCUCAUACCCCUACUGCCAGGCAGACCCUUCCUCUUCCAUACCCAUCACUGCCUCCCUGCUCGGCCGGCCCCUCCAUCCCCGCAGCAGUGAGAAGCCUUAAUUUCUGGUACUGUGUGAGCACUCUGGGGGCGUCCCCCUCCCCCUUCAGGGGCAGCUAGAGAAUAAGGGGGGAGAGUACUUAGCACUGGGGCCUGGAGCUUUUCCCCCACUCUGUACCUUAUCACCCCUAAAGUUCAAAUGCAAAACACUUGAAGCAGCAACUACUGUACCUGGGCCCCAAUCCUGCACCCUCCCCCUGGCUCCUCAUAUGCAAAUCAAGGGCUGGUCCUGCCCCCACAGCCUGCCCCCCUCCCCACCCCUGGCCUGGCCCUCUAACCACGCACUUUAACCUUGCUUCUUUCUUUUAACUUCUUUUGGGAGAAUGGAGCCUGUGGCCAUUCCCUCCCUGGCUCUCUUCUCCCUGAACUUUGAGGCUUGUCAUGAAUUUUUAAGUAAGCAUUUUAUUCUUUAGGGGAAGAAACAAAUUAAUUUCCUGCCCAUUUCAAAACCACAGCCCUAGUAUGUCCUCCGUGUUUCAGGCAUGUGCUUGCAUGUAUAUGGAGGGAGGGACGGGGUUCCUCCUCCUGUGUCCCCCAGUCCCAGACUUCCUCUGUGCCCCCUGUCUGCCUCUACCUUCCGUCAUGUCUGAGAGUACCCACCGCCCCAGUCACUCCUGAUCUGAAGCCAAAGACGGUGGGAGGGGCAGGGGCAGACUAGGACUGUGGCCGCUCUUUAGGGAAGCAGGCCUCCCUCUGGUGUGAGAAGGAAGUUCUGGUCAAGGGAGCCACAGAUGGACACUGAGGCUAUCUCCUCCCUUCCCAGCAGGGGGGAGAUGGGAUUGAGUAGGGGCUGCACUGAUAAGAUUCCUAGAAGUCCCAUCCCAGGAGCCAAACUGAGCUGGAGUGAGGAGGGGCAGUGUUCUCUCUAAAUGUAGCAUUGCAUCUGGCCCUGGUCCCUUCAGAUGCCCUGUCCAUCCAUCUCCUCAGUGAGCCUCUGCACAGUUGGACCCACUCCUGUAGCCCAGUGUCCCUUCCUCACACUCAAUACCUCAGCCAGGGGCCAAGACACAGAACUUGAAUAGAGGUCCUGCCCCUCCACCCCAGUGCAUCCUUGCCUAGUUUGGCUGCCAUCAGUAUUGUCCCCUGAGAACUGGACAGACUUCGUUUACACAGUACAGGGUCUCCCCUGGGGGAUCACUCAGCCUUCUUCCCCCCAUUCAUGCUUGCUUUAUUCACAUUCUUACCCAUUUUCCAGUUGUGUUCCCUGAACGUCUUGCCAUGGGUGAGCUGAGGGGGUGGGGGCUGUCUCAGGGCUCCCUUCCUCCCCACAGAUACCCUGCACCAUACCUCAUGCUGGCUCCCUGAAGCCUGGGGUGUUUGUCCAAGUUCUUAUUCCUUUUUAUGGUCCCUUUUUAUCCCCAUCUCUGUGUCUUGCUUCCUCCAAUCCUCAGAUCCUAAACCAUUUCAAGGCUUCCAAAUGACCAUUAUUGGUGAGAAGGAUUGUGCAGCUUUUAGUUUAUAUUUUUGUUUUCAAAGCCAAAGGGCCUUGCGAUGCCCCUCUUGCCCACAUCCCUUCAUACCCUGUCCUCCCCUAUACGACAAUCAAUGUGACCUCUCUUAAGGGCUGCUGCCCCCACCCCACCCCUGCUGGUUCUGCAAGCUUGCCCCCUAACUUUAAUUCUCCUAAAAUCUUCCCAUUCCACCCCCUCCCUCUCAUUUGGUGCUGGGAAUUAGGUGGUGGGGGGCACAGGGAACAGGGAGAUGGGUCCUCUGGGGAUAACUUGGGGUAUCAGUCGUGUUCUCCUUUAUCAAUGCUUGGUGAUGACAGGAAGAAUAUGAGUAUUUAUCAGGAGCCCCAUUGUUUUAUUUUGCUAGAUGAGAUUUCUGGUGGCUGUCUGUUCCCUGCUGCCCUGGGCACACUGUCAGCAGUGCUGGGAAGAUGGCGGGAAGCCCUCUGUCCCUCCUCAUGUGGCUGUGAGGAGGCCUGGAGGAUGAGCAGCCUCCUCUCCUUAUGCCAAAGGAAAUCCCGCACCUCACCCUGGGCUUCUCAGCCCCUAGUGUUUUUGAAGCAUUUUGACCAUUCUCAUGGCCACUGCAUAUUUAUUUUAAUGUUAAGACUUUUUUUUUUUUUUAAACCUCUUUGACUUAAACGGGUGUGGAGAAGUAAAACAGGCAGAAUGCCCCCAAUCUUAAGGGGGUAGGGUGGGGAGGAAGUACCUCCUUCCCUUCACCCUCCUCCCCUCCCCUCUCCCUUCCACAGCUCUAAAGCACUUGCUUCAAGUAAUAAGCACUUUUGUGAAAGGCCUAUUUUAAGUGAGGAUUCUGGGAGCAGCCCCAGGUCCCAGCAAAGGAGACAGAGCGAGGGCUACAUAGGAGACAGGGAAACAGACGUGUGGACUAGAGGGUGAGAAAAGAGCCAGUUUUUAGUUUCUGAUUUUUGGGGGGAUGUUUCUGUUUGGGCAGUGGCUUUGGUAAGGUUGUAUACUAUCCUUCAGAAAAAAAAAAAUGGCACAAACUGUAGGUUCCAGGAUGGAUCAACAGACCUGGGUCACUG